GUCCCCACAAGAGCAGGCCACCACGCCCUCUCGUCCCUUCCCCACCCCACCCCUCCUCCCCUCCCCUCCUCUACCUCCGCUCCCCUCCCCUCGCGGAAGGCCAAGGGGGACGGAAGGAGAAGGAAGGAGGCUUCGAGAUUUUUGCGGAACCCCCACGCCACACCCGACCUCCUCUUAGCCUCCCCCCCUGUAGAGUCUCCGCCGCGCCCACUCCAAUCCCAGCACCCGCGCCCUCCCACCGCCGCAUUCGGAGCUCCGCAUCUGCCGCGGCCGGGUCGCCAAUCGCCACCACCCGCUCGAGAAGCCUCGCACCGGUUUCCCACUGUUGCUGGUUGUGUUGGGGAUCUGGGGGAUUCUUUUUGGCGCGACUGUUUCUGGCGAUUUGGGCGUGGUUAUCAAGGUUUUGCGACCUUGGUGAUGGCGGGGGUUUAGAUUCGGGGGUGGAUUGGGAGAGGGGAGAUUUGGAUUAUUUUUGGGAGCCCUGGUUUCUCUGCUACUGGAUUGGAUUGGGAUCCAUGAUCGAGAUUGCUCGGUGAAGUUUUUGGUCAUAGGGAUUGUUUUUUGAUUGGCCCGGACCAGGAAUAGAGGGUUCUCUUGAGGAGAUCUAGGGCCGCUUGUUCUAUCGUCCUCUGUAGAUAAAACCAAAAAAAAAGUAGUGCAGGGGAGCUUGGAGGCUAUGGCACUGAAUUGCUCUUCACGCUCGUUACUUUUGAGCGAUGACUGUGCCGGCAUGAUGCUUGGGUGCGGGUGCCGGUCGGAGGAGGCCUCCCCGCUGUCAUCCUGUGGCGUGAAUUCGCUGUGGUGGGAUGACUUGGAGCUGGAGCUGGAGCUGGAGGAGGAUGAGGAGCAGGAGUCCGACCCUGUGGAUCUCUUACCGACAGACCCCUUCGGGAUGAACCUGGAGACCACGUUCACUGCGGCAAUUGCCAGCUGCAUUGGGGACCUUACAGUCAUGUCCGGUACUGGGUGUUUCGGAAGUGGCGGUGAUGAUGCUUUCUUUGCCGACCUGAGUUAUUACUUGAAUCAGGCUUUCGUGCUUGCUCCGGAGCCAUGGAUUGGUGGCUAUUUGGGUGUUUUUGACACCCCCUUUGGUUCUGGAGGCCUCUCUGGUGGAGGCGCCGACCGGUUUUCAUGGCUGCCUCCUAGUGCAUCCUGCUUACAACCUAGUGAGUUCAUGGAGGGCUUAUCUAGCUCUCACAAUGCUGCUUUGGCAUGCCGUGAUACAGUUGAUGCUACUCCUGCCCGGGAGGGAGGUGAUGCACAUGAUGGGAUGAUGUUUGCUCUCAGCUAUCUUGGCAUGCGUGACAUCCUCUCUGUUGAGAUGGUGUGCAAGUCAUUACGUUCAGCUGUUCGUAAUGAACCCUUCUUGUGGAAAUGCAUUCAUAUUGACUCACACUUGGGUGAGAAGAUAUCUGAUGCUGAUCUUUUACGCCUGACACAAAAGUCCCCGGGUGCUUUGCAGUGUCUAAGUCUUGUGCGCUGCAACAAAAUCACAGAUCAGGGGUUGAAAGCUGUUUUGCAAAGUAAUAUGCAGUUAACAAAGUUGGGCAUUUUUGGCUCUCUGCUGUUAACUCACCAAGGUCUUGUUGACAAUCUGAGGUCAUUUAAUAUGGAAGCAAAUAUUGGUAUUAAGAAACUCAGAGUUGCAGAUCUCUUCACUGCAUCGAAAGCGCAAUAUGAAGAGUUAUUGUCCUUGUUGAAAAUAGACAAGGGGCAGGCAUUGCACAAACAGGAGCCACGGAUCCUACAUGCUGAUUGUUUUUUACCAGAUCUUCGUGGUGGAUAUGCUCCUGAUUGUUUCUUACCAGAUCUUCAUGAUGAAUAUGCUCUUGAUAUUGAGAGGUGCCCGCUUUGUCCGAACUACAAACUUGUUUAUGAUUGCCCAUCAGAGGGAUGCAAUGUCAGCAGAUCUGGUAUUUGCAGAGGAUGUCUUGUAUGCAUCCAGAGAUGUUUGCAAUGUGGGAGAUGUAUAGACAAUGAGUAUGAAGAGACAUUUAGUCUGGAUAGCCUUUGCCCUAGCUGUCAGAAGGAUCGAGAUUCUCCUUCCGCAGAAAAAUAGAAGUCCAAUUCUGUUUUAUCUAUUGGAUGGAUACAACCUUAACAUAGCAUUGCUUCUGUUGAUGCUCCCAUCCAUGCAGGGCCAUCUUAACAGAGUGCUUCUAAUGAGGAAAAGAACAAAAAGAAAGGUACAGUUUUCUAUCAAUGUAGGUGCUGCAGCCAUUUUGAUGUAUUGUGUUUGCUUGCGAGAAAAAGAAAAAAAGAAGUCUAUAAUCCAGAAAAAAGAUGAAAGGCUAUUAAGGUGUCAGCAGUGAGUAGUGACAAUUCAGGGAUGUUUCUCUCAGGAUUGUGAAGUUCAGAGUGUGAAAAUACAGCGUGAAAAAAUAGUUCAGCGGGUUGUUUGAUGCUGCAUGUUUCUUGGAAUUUCAGAUUGAAGUUGAAUUGCGUUCUUCGGCCCCGAAAAUAAUAGUGAUGUGUUUAUUACCUAUGUAUGUUACAUGACAAAUGUAUAGUUACUGUCUGAGUUGUAGAAACAUUGUGGCAUCUGACUUGCCACUUACCACAUUUGAAGAAAUAAAUAUGACUUCUAACUUUA